UCAUUACAAAGCUGUGACUUCAACUGAGGGAGGACAGUUACAGGAGGGAGUACUGAAGUACUACAGUACUGAAGCAACCUGCUGCUGCCUGAAACACUCAGAGACUCACAGUGAAAGUAACUGAGGCAGCUUUCUACAGCAGGGAGGGAAACACAGCUGACUUCCUGUUGUAACCUGCUGUCUGCUGGGUUUUCAGCUUCAGAGACAAAAUGGCUUCCAGAUCAGAGGAGGAUUUCUGCUGUCCGGUCUGUCAGGAGGUCUUCAGAGAUCCUGUUGUUCUGUCAUGUAGCCACAGCUUCUGUAAAGUCUGUCUGAAGAGCUGGUGGAGAGAAAAACAAGCACCUGAGUGUCCAGUUUGUAAGAGAAGAUCUUCAAGGUCAGAACCACCUCGUAACCUGGUGUUAAAGAACCUGUGUGAGGCCUUCUUACAGGAGAGAGAUCAGAGAGCUUCAGAGGCUCUCUGCAGUCUGCACUCUGAGAAACUCAAACUCUUCUGUCUGGACCAUCAGCAGCCAGUGUGUCUCGUCUGCAGUGUUUCAGAAAAACACAGCAACCACAGAUUCAGACCCGUCGAUGAAGCUGCACGACAACACAAGAAGGAACUUCAGGAAACUCUGGAGCCCUUAAAGGAGAAGUUAAAGGUUUGUGAACAAGUUAAAGUGAAGUUUGAUCAAACAGCAGAACACAUGAAGGUCCAGGCCCGACACACAGAGAGGCAGAUUAAGGAGCAGUUUAAGAAGCUUCAGCAGUUUCUAGAGGAGGAAGAGGAGGCCAGGAUGGCUGCACUGAGGGAGGAAGAGGAGCAGAAGAGUCAGAUGAUGAACCAGCAGCGCCCCCUGCUGGAUGAUCCACAGCUGCCCUCAGGAGCUCUGAUAGACCAGGCCAAACACCUGGGCAACCUGACCUUCAACAUCUGGAACAAGAUGAAGGACAUGGUCUCCUACACUCCUCUCAUUCUGGACCCAAACACUGCUCAUCCAAGUCUCAUCCUGUCUGAAGAUCUGACCAGUGUGAGACGAAGAGAGAGACAGCAGCUUCCUGACAAUCCAGAGAGGUUUGAUUAUUACCUCUCUGUCCUGGGCUCUGAGGGCUUUAACUCAGGGACUCACAGCUGGGAUUUUGAGGUUGGAGACAGUACAUACUGGUUACUGGGUGUGUCAGCAGAGUCUGUUCAAAGGAAGGGAGACAACAUAGAGUCUGGAUUAUGGCGAAUACGGUUCUAUGAAGGUGAAUACUCUGCAGGGUCACCACCAGCUCCACUCACUGAUCUCAGAGUUCAGAAGAAGCCCCAGAGGAUCAGAGUGAAUCUGGACUGGAACAGAGGAAAGCUGUCGUUCUCUGAUCCUGAUACUAACACACACAUACACACCUUCACACACACUUUCACUGAGAGGAUGUUUCCAUACAUUAACACUUGGGAUGAAGUGAAGCUGUCAGCAGUGAAGGUCUGUGUGACAGUGGAACAGAGCAGUUAGAGAUAAAGAGGAUGAUUAUAUUCAUGAUGUUGUUGAUUUCUUAAAGGGAAAAGUCUCUGAAUUUAACCUGUUAAGCUGCACCUGUCCUCCUGCUGUCUCAUUAUUCC